AUGUGGCAGAAGGAGACUUGUGCAAGCCGCCCCAAGAUCACUAGCAUCUAUUUCCAACUCGCCCUCCAACCGGUCAUGCUUCAGCGAUUUGUUGUCUUGCUGGCUCUGACAGCUUCAUGUCAAGCAGCAAGCUCCCCGUUACAGCUGACCGGGACCACCGCUCUCUUGGGUGGCAAUCCAUACUGGGUCGACCCGAAUGCUGUCGGAAAGAUCCCAAGAGACAUUGCGUUAAAGACGUUUGGGAACAACACGUCCUUUUUGGGAGGAUAUCGUCCCAUUAGUGUGGUUGAUGCCGCAACUGGUAAUGCAACGACAGAGUCUCUGGAGCAGAGUUUGGCUCGUUUCCUUGCUGAGGAUGACGUCUGGAGCAAAGAUUUCUCUGAUGUCAUCUACUCGCAAAGUACAGCCUCCGACGGUCAGCACGAACGCCAGGGUAUAUCUGUGAACCAAUGGAGCCAUCGCACGGUGGUUGUCGGUAGCGUCAGCGAUGAACGUGGGAAAAUCCCGGAAGGGCCUUACUUCCUGUCUCUGGAUGGGGGCCUACACCGCGUAUUCCGCCUUUACGCCGAUUCCCAGAAUGCGUUCGCCGAAAGCACUUAUGCUGAUCCAGAAGGGAAUCAUGCAGUCCUCCCCGCCAAUCUUCCAGGCGGAGGCCUUGCCAUCGCGGUUCCUUCACGUCUUUACUACAAGGCAACGCCCAAGAGACCUCUGGCUGGUGUGCGUCUUGGUGUCAAAGACAUUUUCGACAUAUCGGGCAUCAAAACUGGGAAUGGGAACCGUGCUUGGUACAACCUCUACUCUCCGGCCAGCCAGACAGCACCGGCAGUCCAAGCCCUCAUCGAUGCGGGUGCCGUCGUAGUUGGAAAGGUGAAAACAGCGCAAUUUGCCAACGGCGAGUUCUCUAAUGCCGAUUGGAUCGACUACCAUUCCCCUUUCAACCCCAGGGGAGACGGAUACCAGGACCCCAACUUCUCGUCCGCGGGCGCUGGGGCAAGCGUCGCAUCAUACGAGUGGCUGGACAUUGCGCUUGGAUCGGAUACAGGUGGGAGCAUCCGCGGUCCCGCCCGGGUGCAGGGUCUCUAUGGGCUUAGACCCUCCCACGGGGCUGUAUCCCUCAAUCACACCUUGCCCCUGGCCCCGGAGUUUGACACGGCCGGUCUUGUUGCCCGAGACCCAGCUCUUCUGCGGAAUGCUUCUGCGGUCUUGUACGGCGUAUCGGCGUAUUCCUCGAGCAACUUCCCCCGCACCCUGCUCGUCGAGCCGUACCCCGCAGGACUGAGUCAGGAGACAACAGCGGCUCUGGACAAGGUUUUGAGCGGGUUGAGAGAGUUCCUUGGAAUCGAGGCGAUCACGCCUUUCAACAUCACCGAGUCGUGGCGCACUUCCCGGCCACCCUCGGCCCCCGAGACCCUUGAUGGCCUGCUGAACACGACCUACGCGACUCUCAUCACCCGGCGCCAGACCAAGCUCGUUCGAGACCCCUUCUACGCCGACUACGGCCGGUUGCACGACGGGCGACUUCCCUUUGUCAACCCGGUGCCACUGACGCGAUGGGGUUAUGGGGACAGCCUUCCCGAGGCCGCAGUGGAUGAUGCCUUGAGGAACAUCACCGUGUUCAAGGAUUGGUUCCAGGGCGAGGUCCUCCCAGUCGACAACAGGACGUGCUCGUCCUCCAUUGCCGCCUAUGCCAGCCCGCCGGUAAUCCAGUACAGAAAUGUGUACCGGAGCCCGCCUACGGUACCAUUUGGGUUCGCUAGCUCGUACUGGAGCGUGUUUGGUGGAGUGCCUGACAUGGUCACGCCGAUCGGUCAGACUCCAUACAACUCUUCCAUAACGAAACACGUGGAGAACCUGCCUGUGACCAUUAACCUGGUGGCUGCAGCUGGUUGCGAGCACAUGCUGUUGAGCCUUGUCGCCGAGCUGGCAAGGGAGGGAUUGUUGACGUCUUCAGCGGUGGGGGCAAGCUCCGUAGACGGCGGAGCAAUCCUCCAAAGAAUAUAGCCGGACGAACGCCUUUCGCGAACAAUCAGUAACUAAAGAUACCGAGUUUCUCCUUUCGAUCGAUGUAGCAAGGUUAAACCAAGUCAAGCGAGGAAUGAAAGAAAGUUCAGGGGACAAAAGUUUGUUAUAGAAUACCUGUAAUAGGGUUUGCAAGACAAACUUUGGAGUUCGGUCC